AUGUCUUCAGAAGACGACUGGGGAAUCGAUUCAGACGAAGAAGAGUCUGAGGUUCAGCCGACUUUUAAAUACCACCCAGCACAAAUAUCCAAAAAAUACGAAAUAAUUAGUGAGCAGGAAUUAAACAAAAGCCAAAAAAGGCUAAUAAAGCAGGUAUCUGAGCUUUUGGGAACAAAUAUAUCAAAAUCAAUCGGACUUCUGGUCAAAUAUCAGUGAAAGAUGAAAGAUAUUGAAUUCCUAUUGGAAAGCGGACAUAAGAUGGAUUUACAGUCAAUUACAUCAGAAUAUUCAUUAAUCCCUUCUCACUCAUUUAAAAUUUGCAUUUUAUGCUAUCUCCCAAAGAUUGGUUUUGAUAUGAGAGCAUUAGAAUGCGGCCAUGCAUGCUGUGCAUACUGUUAUGCUGAAUACCUAAAAGAAUCAAUCUCCAAAGGCGUUUCUUCAAUUACUACUUCAUGCCCAAUGAAUAGUUGCCCACUACUUGUCCCUUAUGAGCUCUUUCAAGAACUUUUGCAUGAAAAAAUAUUUGCGAAAUAUAAAAAACAUUUAUUUGAGUCCUACUGCUCGAGUAACACUCAGUUAAAAUGAUGCCCUGCUCCUGAUUGUAUUUAUGGAGUUAUUAAUUACAACGACAAAGACAUCUGUUGCAAAUGUGGACUGACUUGGUGCUUCAAUUGUAAAGCUGAAGGACAUCGCCCUUUGGACUGCGAAAGCUUGAAAAGGUGGCAUAAAAAAUUGCUAGGAGGAAACGAAGAAGACUGAAUUCUUGCCAAUACCAAAAAAUGCCCAAAAUGCAAGGCUCCAAUCCAGAAAAACCAAGGAUGCAUGCAUAUGACUUGCAAAUGCCUUCAUGAAUUUUGCUGAUUGUGUCUCGGAAACUGAUCUGAGCAUAGCUCAGAAACUGGGGGCUAUUUUAAAUGCAAUAAAUUCGAAUCCCAACAAUCUUCUGGAAUUUAUUUACAAGAAGAAGCCAAUAAAGCAAAGGCCUCUCAGAAUAUACAAAAAUUCGAUCAUUAUUUUCAAAGAUACGCAGCUCAUAGAAAUUCCCAUGAAUUUGCAGUUGAAAAACUUAAAAAAAUUAAGGCUAAGAUUUCAUCAAUCAAGGAAAUGGCAAGAGAAAGCGGGUUUAACUUUGAUUUUUUGGUCGAAGCAGUCGAGUUGGUCGUUAGAUCAAGGAAAUCAUUAGGAUACUCAUACCCGCUGGGCUAUUUUUUAGAUUCCGAAGCCAAAUUGAGAUUUUUCGAAUUCAUUCAGGCAGAGCUAGAACACUCUCUGGAUAAGCUUGAUGAGAAGACAGAUGCUGAAUUGGAUGCUUUCUUUGACAUACGUCAAAGCUCAGCUGAGCAAUAUAGAAAGUUCAAUAAAUUCAGGAUUGAUACUACUAAGCUCAGCGAAAUUGUCACUAAUCACUUUUCUAAAUGCUUGACAGAAAUGGAAAACGGGUUUCCUGAUAUCCAAGCACCGACUCAAAGAGAAACUCCAUUGGAAAUACUUAUAUACGACUCUAAUUGGACUUGCCCUAGAUGCACAUUUGAAAAUUCUAGUGAAAGAAAUAGUUGCGAGAUCUGCCUUGCUCCGAAUCCCGAACUUUUUACUCUACGAUGCUAUUAA